AUGUCAGAAACACCAAUUGGGCUCAUUGCUGAGAACCUCAGGAAAGCCAGAGAAAUAGCCCACAGUGACUCGCGUGUUCCUGAACAGCUAAAGCAUUAUUUACAGAAAGCUCUGGAGGUUGCUAUUGGACUGGACCCUUACCUGGACGCAAUGGCAACUGCAAAAACAGCCUCACUUGAAGGCUGGAAACUGAAUGUCGCAGGAGUUGAAACGAAAGUUAAGCCUCAUAAAGAAUGUGCCUCUGGCUAUCUAAAAGGCCAAGUUCUCAGGAUGUUUGUUCAUAUGGUUGGAGCCAAGAGGAUUUUAUUAAUUGGCAGGCUUAAAGGUUACAGUAUCCUUGCUAUGGCGGAGGCAUUGCCAGAUGAUGGAAAAAUAACUGCAUGUGCAGUAGAGCCAUAUCUUGGAGUGAAAAGCCAGGAAGCGUCUGAUUACUCAUCUCAUGUUAAACAGAUAAGUGUGAAAGUGGGGCCAAUAGCAGACACUUUGGAGGAGUUAGUGGCUGUGGGUGAACACUUUGAUAUAGUUUUUAUUGAUGCUGAUCAAAUAAAUGCCGUUAACUACUACAACUUUGUCAUGGAUAACUACUUGCUGAGAAUGGAUGGAGUGAUCUGUGUGGAGAAUACUCUCAUGAAAGGACAAGUCUACCUGGAGAACAUAUCUGAUGAAAAUGUAUUAGCUGUCAGAAACCUAAAUAAUGUAAUUAAUUCAGAUCCUCGCGUUGAUCAGGUUAUUUUACCUGUGCAAGGCGGAAUGAGUGUCAUCCGAAGGAGCCGUGCACACGCAGAUAGGGUGAUUGAAUCAAAGAAAGAACUGGUGAAAGAUGAUGUCUUUUGGGGCUAUAACAGAUGUCACAUCCUUGAUCGCCUGCGUUUGGAUGGCAAAGUGGCCUAUGUCACAGGUGGAGGCCAGGGGAUAGGAAGAGCCUUUGCUCAUGCAUUAGGGGAAGCAGGGGCUAAGGUUGCCAUUGUUGAUCUGGUACUUGCAAAGGCGGAAGUGGUAGCAGAAGAGCUCAGCCUGAAAGGGAUAAAAAACAUGGCAAUUGGAGCAGAUGUAAGCAAACCUGAAGACGUGCAAAGGAUUCUUGAUGCAAUUGUAGCUAGAUGGGGCACAGUUCAUAUUGCCUGUAACAACGCUGGAAUCAACAUGAAUUCUGCAAGUGAAGACACUUCACUGGAAGAAUGGGACAAAACUUUUAAUGUUAAUUUACGAGGCUUGUUUUUGUGCUGCCAAGCUGCAGGCCGCAUUAUGCUGAAGCAAGGAUAUGGGAAGAUAAUUAACACAGCAUCUAUGGCAAGUUUAAUAGUGCCUCACCCGCAGAAGCAGUUAGCAUACAACGCCUCAAAAGCUGGGGUCGUAAAAUUAACACAGACAUUAGGAACUGAAUGGAUUGACAGGGGAGUAAGAGUCAACUGCAUUUCCCCGGGAAUUGUAGACACGCCGCUCAUCCAUUCUGAAGAUCUGAAGCCUCUGGUGCAGCGCUGGCUAACCAAUAUUCCUGCUGGAAAGCUGGCUCAAGUGACAGACCUGCAGGCGGCUGUAGUAUACCUGGCAUCUGAAGCUUCAGAUUACAUGACAGGCCACAAUUUGGCCAUAGAGGGUGGUCAAAGCUUGUGGUAGAAAAGAACUGAGCAUCUUUCUUCUUUGUAGCACUUCUAAUGCAUGAGCACAAGAGUGGGAAGUAGACAGGAAAAAAUCCUGAUUCUCACCAUAGUCUACAAGCGAAGAUGCUCCCAGGUGUGCCCAGAGAAUUCUGAGUUCAUCACAAAAUUGGGUUCAUUACAUGUAAAUAAAAUAAAAAUAUCUCUUCAAAAGUUUGUGCAUAAAACACUUCAGAAAACAGAUAAGGUAGUUAAACCAGUGCUGAUUUUGUCCCUUACAGUAUAAAUAACCACUUGGAACAAAAUUAUUGCUUCCGUCUUAAAAAUGUUGUUUGAAGACCUGUCUGCUUGUUUCGUCUAGAAAUAAUUUCGUAGGAAAAAUGUAUGUAAUCCUUUAUUUUCAUUAUUUUUUUGAGAUUUUACAUUCUGCAUUCAAUCUCUGUGACGUUAGUACUUAUAAGAGUAUAUGUAGGUUAACUACAGGUAAGGCCUCAGCUGGUAUUUAGUUUAACAGGGGAAUAUUUCUUUUAAAGCAAACAUUAUUAGUUGGUCUGUGCUGCCUGCUUUUCUUUGGGUGUUUUUUAUUCAUGUUGUAUCAGUGACGUGUGAUUUGUUUAC